AUGUUUAUUUAUAUAUUUAUGGGAUUCCCUCUGCCUCCCUCUCUUUUUCUCUCGGUUGCCAUUAGCAGUAUUCAAGUAUUUAUUUAUUUAUAUGGAGAGGGUGUGUGUAUCUGUGUGUGUGUGAUAUGUGUGUUUGGGGAGGAGGGGAAACUUCUAAAGUAUUUUUGUGCAUCUCUCUUUUUUUUUCCCCUCAUGUCUCUAUGGAUGGAAUUUGAGAGGCUGGAUGUGGGUGGGGAUGUUUGCCUUUUCCCUGAAAGGGAGAGACUUAGAGCUCUAAGCUUGGAACACACUGGAGGUGGCACAGAAGCACUUCAGGCCAAAGAUUCAGGCCCAAGAUUCAGGCCCAAGUCGGGUGAAGUUCAGGCUUCCGCCCCAGUCCCCCUGCCUACCAGUUACCUAACUGAAGUACCAAAAAGGUGA